AUUCACCAAAAUUGUCAUAAACAUUUUACUUUUUACUGAUGUGACAGUUAGCAAAAUUGGCGUCCACUUUGUUCAGGCGUCAGAAGGGGCUGGACAAUCCAGAAUGCCUUUACCUUGAGGGUGGAGUUUUUUUUAAGUUGAAUUAGUUUGUUUAUUUCUCUCGUUUUCUUUAUACCGCCAUGAUGUGGGAUAAUCCUUAUCAGGAGUUAACUAUGAAUGUGCGGAUGUAGCGUGGUUCAAUUCUACUACUACUAGAGGCAUUUUAUCGGGUGUGAUGAUUCGUUGCAGAUUCCGAGAAUUGUUGAACGACGAUCGCGCACACGCUAUUAGUUAGUGACACGCUUUGUGUCGAAAGUUUUUCUCCUUCCCUUUAUACUACGACCGGUAUGAUGUAACACAGAGCUUUUGCAAUGGUUUUAGGCGAUCUGAAUUGAGUGGAAUAAAACAAACCACCAUUCGAACGAUCCAGUAGAUCACAUUUUCGUGUUUGUGGAACAGGCAAAAUGAAGAUUAAAGUAGCAGAGCCAGAAAGAUAGAGAGAGAGAGAGAGAGGGACGGCAAGAGAAAGAUAGCAAAGGAGAGGUAGCUAGUUAUGAGAAUGUUCUGUGUUUUCUAGUUUUGUUAGUUAUCAUCGGCGAUGAUGUUUGUUUGUUUGUAAAAAUGGAUCCAAUUCGAACCAAGAGAGUCUAGCGAGUGACGCAACGACGUUGUGAAGUGAGUAGACGAAAGGAUUCUUGAUAGUGAAACCGUGUGCUAACGGAAAGGAAAUGUCCACAAACACUAAUUGCGCAGGUUAUAAAAAAAAAUCAACUGAAAACCGAACAAUAAUUAUAGGUAGAAGUAAUAGAAAGCAGCGCGAAUGUAGCAACGAAUCCAGGAAUGAGCAAUAGCGCAUGGGGAAGUGGAUGUUGCUGGUGAAGCGCGUAGAUCAUUAUGCCGUUUAAGCUGAAGGUAACAAAAGAAGAAUGCUGGCGGACAAUUUACAUAGGUUUAUAUUUAUAGUGUCGUAAGCGUGGAAAGAAAGAUGGAAUGGGAAGAGCGUUAUCUUGCGUCAUGCAUCCAUACACCUGCGCGCAUACCGAGUAACAGAACGAAAACCGCCACCCUCUCGAUAGCUACACCACAAUCAACGUCGGACCGGACGGCAGACAGCAUUAAGAAACGAAAAAGUGCAUGAUCCUAUUUAUAUACAUACCUAUACAUAUAGCCGCAUUAAGCUGUGACGAAUUCAGAUGCAAGGAAUCGCAUACUCACUAAUCAUGGAGAGGGGAACGGAAAAUCAAAUAAACCCAUUACUACAUACUACAAUAUGCCUAGCACACACCGUACACCGACGCGCAAGGUGGCAGACGAGAAGACGAAGACGACGACGACGGCGAACAGCUAUUAAUUUCCAAACUAUUCUCUGGCCAAAAGUUGCCCCAUUACUUUGUACACUGUGGUUGGGUUUUAUUGUCGAAAACACAUUGUUGAUUUCAUCUCAAUUUUGUUCUGCCACGCUGGACUGGCUGGUCUCUGGCGAUCGGAGAUGGAACGAUCGACAAACACGUUCUAUCGUUUGCAGUUGCUUUUGUUUGAUCUCGUUUGAUUUCGUAUUGGGACACACUUGCUGGUUGGGGUUUCUCUGAAACCCCUUUCUAAAGAAAGUGCGAUCUCCUGUCAAUUUCCUCUGAGCACCACAUACAGCCGAUCAUUGCAGGAUUACUGGGAAAACUGGACAUCUUUUCCACAUUCACAUAUACGCGGUGCAUUGUGCCAAUGCAUUGUGUGGAAAAUGUGAAUUUGAAAUGCAGUUGAAAUCACCACACUCUCGCACACAGACACCAGAACAUACAUUUUUUUAUCACUUGCAUAUGUCUAUUUUGCAUCAUUGUCCAUUAAACGAUUAAUUAUCUUUACUGUUCUUACUACCUUUGUAAUUAUCAUUAUUAUUAUGAUUAAUAUUAUAUUAUUAUUAUUUGAUAGGUUGAAUGGUAAACUAAAAACAUGAACAAAUAAAAGAACGAAAAGAAAAACGA